CCGGGCUAGGCCCGCUAUGGAGGUGGAAGAGGCGUUCCAGGCGGUGGGGGAGAUGGGCAUCUACCAGAUGUACUUGUGCUUCCUGCUGGCAGUGCUGCUGCAGCUCUAUGUGGCCACCGAGGCCAUCCUGAUCGCCCUGGUGGGGGCCACGCCCUCGUACCACUGGGACCUGGCGGAGCUCCUGCCCAAUCAGAGCCACAGCAACCGGUCAGCAGGGGACGACCGUGCGCUGGGGGACUGGCUGCUCACGGCCAACGGCAGCGAGGUCCGGAAGCACGUGCACUUCAGCGGCAGCUUCACCUCCAUCGCCUCUGAGUGGUUUUUAAUUGCCAACAGAUCUUACAAAGUCAGUGCAGCGAGCUCUUUCUUCUUCAGUGGUGUGUUUGUGGGAGUCAUCUCCUUUGGUCAGCUUUCAGAUCGCUUUGGAAGGAAAAAAGUCUAUCUCACAGGUUUUGCUCUUGACAUCUUAUUUGCUAUUGCAAAUGGGUUUUCCCCCUCCUAUGCCAUCUUUGCAAUAACUCGCUUCCUGGUGGGCGUGAUGAACGGAGGAAUGUCGCUGGUGGCUUUCGUCCUGCUGAACGAAUGUGUGGGCACCGCCUACUGGGCACUUGCAGGGUCCAUCGGUGGCCUCUUCUUCGCGGUCGGCAUUGCCCAGUAUGCCCUGUUGGGGUACUUCAUCCGCUCCUGGAGGACCCUCGCCAUUCUGGUGAACCUGCAGGGAACGGUGGUCUUCCUUCUGUCUUUAUUCAUUCCUGAAUCACCUCGUUGGUUAUACUCCCAGGGUCGACUGAGUGAGGCUGAAGCUGCUCUGUACCUCAUUGCCAGGAGGAACCGCAAGCUCAAGUGUACGUUCUCACUAACCUACCCGGCCAGCAAGAGCCACAGAGAGACCGGAAGCUUCCUGGAUCUGUUCCGUUACCGCAUCCUCUUGGGGCACACGCUGACCCUGAUGUUCAUCUGGUUCGUGUGCAGCUUGGUGUAUUACGGCCUCACUCUGAGUGCAGGGGAUCUCGGCGGAAAUAUUUAUGCCAACCUGGCCCUGUCUGGCCUCAUAGAGAUUCCGUCUUACCCUAUCUGCAUCUACUUGAUUAACCAGAAAUGGUUUGGUCGGAAGCGGACAUUAGCGGCGUUUCUGUGCCUAGGAGGACUGGCUUGUCUUAUUAUAAUGUUUCUUCCAGAAAAGAAAGACACAGGUGUGUUUGCAGUGGUGAAUAGCCAUUCCUUGUCUCUGCUCGGGAAGCUGACGAUCAGCGCGGCCUUUAACGUGGUGUACAUCUACACCUCUGAGCUGUACCCCACGGUCAUCAGGAACGUUGGGCUUGGAACUUGUUCUAUGUUCUCCCGAGUUGGUGGGAUUAUUGCUCCCUUCAUCCCCUCACUGAGAUAUGUGCAGUGGUCUUUACCCUUCAUUAUCUUUGGAGCCACCGGCCUGACUUCGGGCCUCCUGAGUUUGUUAUUGCCGGAAACCCUUAACAGCCCACUGCUAGAGACAUUUUCUGAUCUUCAGGUGUAUUCAUAUCGGAGACUGGGGGAGGAAGCGUUGUCCUUACAGACCUUGGAUCCCCCACAGUCUGAGGACAAGGAUGACACUGUAGGCAGUGAGAGUGAGGAAGAGGAAGAGUUCUUCGAUGCGGACGAAGAAACCCAGAUGAUUAAGUGAAGUGGCCCCGGAUCCCACGUCACAAGCAGACAAUCUCCUCGCCUCUUGCGAA